AUGGGACUGGUGUGCUCGUGCUUGUCUGGUGGUGGUGGCGGCGGCGGCGGCGGCGGCAAGCGGUUCCGCGACCAAUACCAGCUGGGCGACAAGAUCGGAGAAGGCGCGUUCUCGGUCGUACGAAGAGCUACCCACCGGCAGACGAAUGUUGUGUACGCGGUCAAGUGCUUUAAGAAAGUUCGGCUCACGGAGCAGGACGUCAAGGAUAUUCACGGCGAAGUGGGGCUGCUCAAGCAAAUGAAGCACCCGAAUGUACUCAACCUCCACGGGUUCUUUGACGAGCCAGAGUACUAUUACACGGUCAUGGACUUGGUCGAAGGCGGCGAGCUAUUUGACCGGAUUGUGGACAAGGAGUUUUACACGGAAAAGGAAUGCCGUGACUUGAUCAAGAUCUUGCUGGACACCAUCACGUAUUGCCAUGGCCUUGGCAUUGUCCAUCGCGACCUCAAGCCCGACAACAUUUUGAUGACGAGCCGCGACGACGACGCGUCGAUCAAGAUUGCCGACUUUGGUUUGGCCAAGCAAGACAGCCAGGACGACAACUUGGUGUCGUCGUGUGGCACCCCCGAGUACAUUGCUCCAGAAGUGGUUCGCAACGUGUUUUCCAAGGACAAGCAACUGUACGGCAAGGCCGUGGACAUUUGGUCCAUCGGCGUCAUCACAUAUGUGAUGCUGUGCGGGUACACGCCAUUCCACGCUAAUAGCCAAGUGCAGCUGUUCCGAAAGAUCAUCAAAGGCCAGUACCAAUUCCAUUCGCCAUACUGGGACGAUGUGUCACCGGAAGCCCAGACCUUUGUGUCGCGAAUGCUCGUUGUGGACCCCAAGCAACGCGCCACGGCUGAAGAAUUGCUCGCGGAUCCAUGGAUGACCCUGGGCGACGAGGACGUCAACUUUGCAGAACUCAACGGCGUGUCCAAGCGCAUGACGUCGCGGCAACGGCUCAAGGCGGCCAUGGCGACGGUUCAAACGACGAUGGCUCUGACCAAAGCCAUGGCGAACAACAAGGCCGUCGUGCCAGCCACGUUGCUGCCUGCCAUCGAAGGGGCUAACAAGCUCAAAGCUGCGUAG